AUGAAUCUUAUCAGAUUUAACUUGAGUGGUUGCUCAAUUUCAUGUGCAUUGAACAUCUCAGCUCAAGUCCUGUUGGCUAUACUUGAUCGUCCAUUGUCAUAUACUUCUCAUGACUAUGAAGAAUACAUAAUGCAUUCUUUCAUGGUGACUUAUGAUGGUGUAUUCCGCACAACCUCUCCUGUCACCGACAACCCUGAUGAAAUGUUGGAGCCAGCUGUGAAUGGAACCAAGAAUGUGAUUAUAGCUGCUGCUGCUGAAGCAAAAGUGAGACAUGUCGUGUUCACUUCAUUGAUUGGAACAUGGACCUAAAUACGAAUAGAGAAGUCGUGGUUGAUGAGUCAUAAUGGAGUGAUUUGGAAUAUUGCAAGAACACCAAGGUUUUAUUAAUUAACUACUUUAAUUUCAAUGCACCGAGAGAGGCCACCCUUACGAGAAAAGGGCUAUCAAUGAGAUGGAGCCGUCUCUUGGUUUUCUCAUGGUGGUGAUUCCUUUUUAUUAUCUUAGAUUUUUAUAUUUUCUUUUAAAGUUGGUAUCAGUCGUAGGUCCUAAUAGCUUCAGACAUAAGGUAAUAAUAGAUUCUUGUUGGUAAAUUGUCAACCAGGCACAAUUUACCGGGAGAAGCUAUUAGUACCUUAUAAUAGUUAAAAAUCUGUUAUUUGGAGUAUAGAAAUGUUGUUAUCUUGCUGGAAUACAUGUUUGUAAACAUGAUUUGGAUUUUGGAAUUGUUGAAAAUAAAGGGGAUACUUAUUACCAGUUGAUUACAUUAUCAAGUC